AUGAUCUCUAUCAACCAACAAAUCCUUAGCGUUCAAGUUUGCCUUCGCCGGAACCAUUGGCUAUGUGCCUCGUCUUUGACGGAACCGUUAUCCACUCAUUGUCGCCCACCCUUUCUUCUACUUCACCACCCAGAACCUCCGCCCGAGAAAGUCAAGAUAGAAAGAUGCUGGUAUAUAUGGAUAUUCCUUUCAAAUAAUCUUCCAGGCAAGAUGUUGUGGAAGGGUUAUAGACCUGAGGGAGACACAUGGGAAGCUAUAGAGGGCUUAAGCAUGGGGGGCUUGGUUGUGAAACAGAGGCUACAUCAAGCAAGUGUAGAAAACAGGGGCAAUCUUAUCAAAAACACUAUUGGUGUGAAAAAAGUGACUCUAAUAGUUGAAGGGUACGGUGGAUGGGCUUUUCGAUUGGAAAUAGUAACAAUUGAAGCUACAUAUCCUGGAUAUGGGGAGCAUGUUGUGUUGGAGUUGACUGAUCAUGUAAAUUCAUGCAAACUUAUCACCAAAAUAGAUCCUUCUUACAGUGAAACUUUGCAAUUUUUGCACAAACUUAGAGUAGCAUCAUCUAAAGAGUGA